UAGAGCAACAACGAAGCAAACGAAAGUGUACAGACAAUUUUCGUCGUUUUUUGUUCGUUUUUUUCAACUUUUUUCGCUCGGUUAUUUCUCACCGCGAUCUAUCCUCUCUUGUGUGUGGUGCAGAUGGCAAUUUUGCUGGUCCAUCUUCGGCGCCUCAUUCUGCUGAUGAGCAUCGUCUAUUUGAGCGGCACAGUGAUGCGUCGCCUGCUGAGCGAAUCGCGGCACAACUACUUGCAGCACAUCAAUGGCAAGGCGUUCGCCGCCCGGCAUUUGCACUUCCAGGCCUGGGCCUAUAUUUACACCGCCUAUGCCUAUGUGGUCUUGGUCAACUAUGUGAGCGUAAGGCGGCUCACCAAUUUGUUGGAAUUCUUUCUAACCUGAUGAAAACUAUGCGAUGAGGUUGGUGUGAAAUCAAAAGUGAUUUCAAAAAGUGAAGUGUUAUUUUUAUUGAAUUAGGUUUU